AUAACAUAGAGAAUUGAUUUCAAUUCUUAAUAAUAACGAUGAUAUAUUAGUACGUUUGAUUUUACCGAACUAAAACCAUGUCUCGAAAUUUACUAACGAUUCUGUUGAUAGUUUUUGGAAUAAGUGCAUCUGAGAAAGUAAAAACUUUGCUAGACAUCGGGAAAUUAUUAAGUAGUAUACAUAUGCAAGAUACAUCAGGAAAAAGGGACUUGGAGUUCGGUCAACUAGAUUAUAACAGUCCUAGUCGUCAUAGACAUGGAUACAGGAAUGAACAUCACAAAACGGAUACUCCUAAUCUUAUGAACAUACAGACAAUGAAUCUAUAUAUGAAGCCCCGCAAACAAAGAAACGAUCUGGAUAAUAUUUUAAGAAUGGACACCGAUAGGAUGUGUAAAGAAACUGGUAGGUGUGGAUGCACUGGUAGUAGAUGUGGUGACAUGGCGAACAGAGAAGACGAAGUAGCAAAUGAAGUCGAUAAAAUCGUUGAUGAAAUUAAUGAGAAAUUAGAGAGAAAUGACGUUCAAACGAAUGAAAAAGACAAUGAUGAUUCAAAUGACGACGAAUUAACCAAAAGAUUACGUUGCGAUGGAGACAGGUGUGAAUACGAAGGAAACAGUGUUGAUUACAAUGCUAGACCAGACUACGAUCAUACCAAUGAUGUAGAUAUUUUAAUAUUUGAUAGGCCAAAAGUAAGUAAGGAGCAAAUUGAAUUUGUAGAUCUUACAAGAAAUAAUUUACACCUCGAUUUAGAUGAAGCACCUAAUAAACAAGAAACAUAUAUUUUAGAGCUCAAUCAAAAUGCAAAAGCAACGGAUCAAUCAUACGAGGGUGCUCCUACACCAGAUGAAUUCGUCAACCACUAUGAAACAGUUAAAAGAGAUGUUAUCGAGCAACUGAAGCAUUACAUACAAAACAAUACACCAAUACCCUUAAAACAUCUACAUGACGAACAGAAGCAACUGCUUAGAACUUUGAAAAUGAUGUACAAGAAGGGUCGAGUAACUGAAGAUGAAUUAACAUCUGAAAUAGUUCGUAUUGUAUUCGGAGAGCAAAGUGGGACGAAGAUAUAUCCCCACAUUGAAAAUAACGAUAAUAUUUAUAUUCCGCGAUGGCAUUACAAUAGUCUCUUACAAUUUAGAAGAGACUUGCGGAGUCAAAAGCGUGUAUUACCUUUAACUACACAGCAAAGAGGCAGAUUGAUAAAUAAACAAACAAAAACUCUUCCAAAACUGGCAUGGCGUAAAAGUCUCAAUCAACAGAUUCAGAGAUUUGGAAUGCCUUUUAAUCUAGAAGUUCAUGGGUUGGGUCAAAUAAACUCUUAAUUAUUAUCUCAUUAUUAAAACACACAUGCAAUUAUAAUAAAUGCGUUGCUUAUUGUUAUAAUUUCAUCGUAAUAGGAGUAAUCAUCUAUUUUUAAGCAAGCUUUCAAUCGAUCAUCAACCAAAAGGAAAUUUCACUGCUGGACAUAAUGUCCAGAAGCGCCUGAUUUACCGCCGUAUCUUUAUUUCGCCUAAUAUUCUAAAACUAAUUCCAGUAGAAACUAAAAUAUGUCGUCCCUUGUGCCUUUGGUUCAGGGGCGUACCUACCGCCGUAUCAGCCGUAUCAAAGAUAUG